CCUACCUUCCUCACAGCGAGUCUCCUCGGCUUGAUCGUUGUCUCUGCGUCACUGUGGUCGUGGGAAGGAUGCUGUCCUGCAAGCUCCUGGCUCUGCUGGGGCUCCUUGUGCUCUGCAAAGGCCAGGAGGAAAGUAAAGCAGGCGAAUCUUGUGAUAACUUCACCGACCUCGACCUGACCCACUGCUUCGUGGGAACCAGCCUGUACGUGCGACUCCUGCUCUACACUCGCUCCAACCUCGACUGUGGCCGCGAACUGAACCACCGCCACCUGUCCUCCCAGCCGCUCUUCAACCUCUCCCGUCCCACCGCCUUUGUCAUCCAUGGCUACCGGCCCACCGGCGCGCCCCCUAUCUGGAUCAACCACAUAGUCCACCUGCUAGCAGAGCAGGAAGACAUGAACAUCAUCGUGGUGGACUGGAACAAAGGGGCAGCCAACCUCAACUACUUCACUGCUGUGAGUUACACCAGAGAGGCCGCUCUCAACCUGACGGGCUUCAUCAUGACGAUGGAGGCUGAAGGAGCCUCUCUGAGCUCAGUUCACCUGAUCGGCGUCAGUCUGGGAGCUCACCUGGCUGGUUUUGUGGGAGCAAACCUGAAGGGGAAGAUUGGCCGUAUCACAGGGCUGGACCCUGCUGGACCGAUGUUCACCAGGGCCACGCCGGAGGAGAGGCUGGACCCUUCAGACGCCAUGUUUGUGGACGUCCUUCACACCGACAUGAACUCCUUUGGACUGAGAGGAGCUCAUGGCCACAUUGACUUCUACGCCAACGGAGGCGCCGACCAGCCGGGGUGUCCCAAAACCAUCUUUUCAGGUAAAUCUUACUUUGUGUGUGACCAUCAGCGCUCCGUCUUCCUGUUCCUGUGCGCUCUGAACCGAACCUGCACCCUCACCGGUUACCCCUGCUCGUCCUACAGCGACUUCCUGGACGCCCGCUGUCUGCAAUGCGAGGCCUUCAAACCGGCCUCAUGCCCCGUACUCGAGCUGAUGUACAGAGUGGACAUGGUGACAUGGAACCAGUACCUGCGCUGGGGGGUCGUCUACAUCCGGCUGCACAGCGGCAGGAACGUCACAGAGGCCCGAAUAGACCAUAAGCUGCUCCGGUUUGAGCAGUACACCUCCACGCGGCUGCUGGCCCAGUUCGAUGAGGAUCUGCAGCACAUCCAGAAGAUCUCCCUGCGAAUCAACACCGGCAACGUCAUCGGCCCUCGCUACAAAAUCCGGCUGCUGCGAAUCCGCUUCACGCCACUGGAGCUUCCUGAGAGGCCUUUGAUGUGCCGCUUCGACAUCAUCAUGGAGGAGAACAUAGAGGUGGCGUUUCGCCCUCUGCCCUGCGGCUCCCGCCUCUGACUGUAACACAGCCUAAUUCCCUCUUUGGAAACCCAUCGGACUCACCUGUAAUCCUAUUAGAGGACCCUCGGGCGUCCUCUGGGUGCUACAGGCUCUCCCAUCCCACCAGGCGGACCUGCGAGGGCCCCCACAGGAGAGCUGCCAGCCUCCUCGCCGUGCUGUGGAUUACUCCUGGUUUUAACAACCAGGAGCAUGAAAGCUAAUGAAAGUUAUGUUAAGCUACAAGAAAACUGAGAUUUUUAACAAGAUUCUGGAAGAAGCUGCUGCUGAGCUUCAUCGGUCUGCGUUCAUGUCGGGUUUAUCUAGGCACAAAACCCAACAACUGCACGACAAACAAGGCAAGAAGGCGCUCUCCGUGUUUGUGCGAGGGAAGUCAGCCAAAGUCGAGGAAAAGAUUCCUUCACCUGAACUCAACCAACUUCAACUGAUUCCUUUGCUAGAGCCCUUGUUAUUGUCAGCAAGCAAUCAUUCAUGAAUAUGCAAUUACAAAUACACAGGACAUUCUUAAGCAGUCAUAUCUGAACAACAUCAGUGUCUGUAUUCUGUGUGUAGGUGCGUAUAGAGCUUUUAAACAGUAUAAUGUCAUAAAAUCUGGAUUCAGGGAAAGAAGCGUUCCUGUGGCACUCCCAGGUGGAGUGAUUACCUGUAAUAUGUUGUCAUCAUUGCUUCUAAGCUUUCUGAUCUCCUGAGUUCAUGAUCACAUGGUUCUCUGCCUAAAACUGCCCAAAGAACAUCUCCCCUUUAAAGCAUGAACCAUGAAAUAAUUGCCACACAUAAUU